GCACCAAAGGCAAAGGCAGAUUUAGUACAUGAAUACUUUAAUCGAGACUUCUCUGAGUGGAAUAUCAGAGAUUUUCUAGACUUUUGUAAUCUGCAAGGCUUUGACCAAAAGAUAUAUGCUUACCUUAAGUCUCUUGAAUUAAUUUCCGAUACUUAUAAAGGACAAAAGGGCGAACGAGCAAAACACUUACUUAAUAGAUAUAGACAGGCGACCACAAAGUUGGUGUCGGGGGUACGGCCUUUGACACUGACCCCAUCGGGACGGGAAGAGACCUGUAAGGAUGAUAAACCAGACUAUUGUUCUGCAAGAAAUUGGAACGAAGCUCACAAGUUACCUUCGCUUCAGCUUCAUAGCCCAACUUUUGCGAUAGGAAGUGUAGGAAACUCUGGGGACAAAGACCGGGACGAGAAAAGACGACGUCAAACGAAAAGCGGGAGAAAUAUACCGAAUUAUCAAGGAUUUUUUGAAGCAACAGAUGAUGAUAUUUCCUCCCAAGAAAAUGAACAGAAAGCAACAGAAGGGGAUGACAAUAAUCUUGAAAGUUGUCUUCAAGAAAUAAGAAAUGAGACGGGAUUGGACAUUAAUUCUCAAGAAAAUAGAAACACUAUCGAUUACUCAGAUGCUACGAAAGAAAUUUUUUCGAUUUAUAAAGAACAAGAUCCUGAUGGUGUUCUAAUUGAUCUUCGACUAAACUCACCCUUUUUCAAAAAACUUCCAAAACCGACAGCAAGAUCAUAUUUAAUGGAGAUGGAUACCGUGACUGAAUCAUUGGUUCCUAAAAUUGUACAUGAUUUUCUUGUGAAAUUUUUUUCGAAAAAUUUAAGCGCCAAAGAAUGGCACUGUGAAAUCGACGAUUUAAAAUCUCCCGAACCGAAUGAUCCCGUGAUGACUGCAGUAGUGAGAGUUAUACGUCGUACCUUACCGCAAUUUAUUAAGGCAUUUUCACUCGAGGAUCAAAAUCCUCUUUUAAACAUUUCAACAAUUGAAGGAGCUUAUCUUAAUUCGUUUGUUCAUCCAUGUUUCGACGCCUUUUUAUGGUAUAUAGCAAAUGUACAUUACGAGUAUGGAGAAAUUACAUCGAAAAAACAUGUUAACAGGAAUCGUGCAGACGGCGCAGGAUUCAUGGCAGAUGCUGAUAAGUAUCAGCUCGUCUACGUGGAAGGUUCGAGGCCGGUAGCAAAGAACGAUAAAGAAAUUAAUGAUCUAGAAAAAAUAACAAGUAAUUCGAAGAAGAUGUUUGCAGAAAUUGUGAAGGAUAUUGUUAAAAACAGAAGGCGUCUGCCGAGAACGUAUAGAUUAAAUGAGGUUGAUAACUCUAAUCUUCCUCGAAAAUUUUCCGAAAUGAAAGAUUUCGUUUAUUUUUACGAAUGUGUACUGAAGUGGGCAUUAUUGGUCCGAAAUGUUACCGAAUCCUUUGAUCUAGCUAGAACCGAACCGAGACCAUCACGACUUUCGUUCGCGAAUACCCUAUUUCAACUGGAUGAAUAA